AGUAAUCUUAUAAACAUUUAUCGGUAAUAACAGGAGUAAUAAUAGCAGAUUGCUUAAAACAAUUAUCGAUUGUGCUAUCCUGUCUUGAGCGACGUUUUGGUAAGCUUUUUACGUCAUAAUUUUUUUUAUAGAAAUUUAAAAUUGCUGUCCCCAGGGAAAGUUAAAAGAGGUAAAGAGAAAUCCUGUUCACUUAUUUACUUUGGUUUGUUUAUUGUCAAAAGGAAAUUGAAGUUAUAAUUUUUGUUUUACAGUCUAUUAAGCAAAUCAUGUUUCUUUUCCUAUCUGUUUUUUUCCUCUUUACUGGGAAUUUUCUGGGAAGGUUUAAACGCUAUGUAUAUUAUUCAAAUAUUUUACCCUAGCGGGAGCGCUGUACUAGAAGAAUACCAAGGUUUUCAAGGGAAGAAAGCGAUGAAGAAAUAAGUUGUCUUCUCUUUGUGUAGCAGGAGUCAACCCUGAGUCCCAGGGUGGAUUCGUUUCCCUCAUCUUAACACUGGCAUUCAUUUUUUAGCUCCUAUUGCAGUGGAUGAAAAUGAAGGCUGUCCGAUUUACUUUCCUUCUACUUGUUUUUUACUGUUUUGAAUCAAGUAAGUAUCAUAACUCUAUUUUCUUAGUAGUCCUUGUGUUUUUUCCCUUUGGUUAUCAGUUUUUGCCCCGCUGUUUCUGUUUCUUAAGAUUUGUCUGUGGGAUAACGCUUAUGGAGCAUUUCCACUCUAAAAGAUGUGGUUGCUACCGAACAGGUGUCUCGAGUGAAUCGAAGCACUAAGAUGGAACUUUGUUUCCUUAAAAAGCUCUUUGAAAAACUUUUAAAAGGAAAGACUUCGCCUUGAAGUCUGACCGCUUAAAGCUUUGUGUUGACAUUUAUUUCUCUAGUUUUACCGGCCCUUUUUCAUUCAAGUAAAUUCAUCGAUUUUUUCCAGGUAUUGGAGCGGAUGAAGAGGUAUCAGCUUCUGGCAUGGAGUCAGGUUCAUCAGGAAGUGGAGAUUUCUUAAGCGAUAGAGACGAGGAAAUUCGUAGAAUAUCUGAACUUCAAACAUCGAUACCAUACAAAAAACGUAAGAAUAGCAACGGAACGUGCAGUAGUUCCAUUUAAGAUACAGAGAAUUUACGAUGUCACGACGGCAACAGCAACAUAUUAGCAAAGAUACAUUUCAACAAGUACAACACACCUUUUGGUACAUUUCUUUAUUGCCACCCUUAUUAGACCGCGUAAAAUUGCUCAAUUUUACGUUUUAUUGGGAACGUAAACAAAUGUCGAAGAGUUUCUAAAAAUCUCUCUAUCAACUUUGGUAUUUUUCUAACGAAUUCAAUUACAAGAGAUCGAGUUCGCCUGCAUUUGAAAAAGUGAGUUAGUUGGUAUAAUCGUGACAGACAAUUACGAUGACAACGGCAAAAGACCGCUUCAAAGAAGGGUGACCGCCUAGCUCAGGCUCGGUUAAUUAAAUUGCUUUAAUUUUUUUCAGUGUAUAACUUAAAAAAAUGCGAGGAUGAUCCAGAAGCUGACUGCGAAGGACUGUCACAAGAAAAAUGUCUUCAAGAAUUUAAUGAUAUGGUUGAAGACUGUCCAUGGUCAUGCCACUUUUGUGCCAAGGAGGGCGGUAGGUGAACUCCAAAUCUUGAUGAUAAGAGAGCGCUCACACUUAAUUGGACCGGCUCCCGGCUACAGGGCUCUAUAAGUCUCUCGCGGGUAAAUAAUGUGAAUGCAGACUUUCGCCAAACAUAUUCACGCCAGCAUAAUUAAACUUGGGCACGGCCGAUGCUGGCUCAAGAUCAUGAUCUCCGGCACUUAAGGUGGCAAUCCAGAUCUCUUUUUUUAACACACGUUUUCUAUAACUUCCGAGGCAAUCAAUUACUUUCCACUCCCUGCUACGCUCACGUAUCAAAAUGGCGUCUGGCAGGGCAUAAUAGAUCAAAAUGAUUACCCCCGCCUGGUUAGCCCAGUUGGGAGAGCGCCAGUCUGCUGAGCGGGAGGUCGUGGGCUUAAAUCCCGGCCGGACCAACACGAAGGGUCCUAAACUAACUGAGGAGAAAGUGCUGCCUUUGUAAUGAGAUCUGCAAAUGGUUAGACUUUCUAGUCUUCACGGAUAAGGACGAAAAACCGUAGGUCCCGUCUCACAGCACUUUCACUGAUUUGUUCUUGUGGGACGUAAAAGAACCUACACCACUGUUCGAAAAGAGUAGGGGACGUAGACCCCAGUGGUGUAGUCAACCUUUCCUGGGUUGGGUGGGUUAUCUGUAAGGACACACUUAAAAUGGAGUCCCGCCCUGUUAUGUGUUCCGCACUAUAUGGUGGAAGUGAUUGAAUAAAUAAGUCAGAUAACUGAGGUGUGAUCACAACACAGUUUUGUGUUGGUACCCUGGCACUAGAGCUGGAGCACCAAGUGUGAACAGCCCGCCUGAUUGCAAUAGUUUGUUUUAAAUGGCCAAUGAAAAUAGAACUUCGUGGCUCCUGAUUUCUCUACCUGUGGAAGAACCUAUUUUAAAGAACUGGAUGAAUGAAAAAGNUUGUUCUUGUGGGACGUAAAAGAACCUACACCACUGUUCGAAAAGAGUAGGGGACGUAGACCCCAGUGGUGUAGUCAACCUUUCCUGGGUUGGGUGGGUUAUCUGUAAGGACACACUUAAAAUGGAGUCCCGCCCUGUUAUGUGUUCCGCACUAUAUGGUGGAAGUGAUUGAAUAAAUAAGUCAGAUAACUGAGGUGUGAUCACAACACAGUUUUGUGUUGGUACCCUGGCACUAGAGCUGGAGCACCAAGUGUGAACAGCCCGCCUGAUUGCAAUAGUUUGUUUUAAAUGGCCAAUGAAAAUAGAACUUCGUGGCUCCUGAUUUCUCUACCUGUGGAAGAACCUAUUUUAAAGAACUGGAUGAAUGAAAAAGUAAUGACAGAAACUAGAACCACAUUGGUUAUUCCAAUGAACUUUCUUAAACAACAACAACAACAACAACCACAACCACAACAAUGGAAUUGAUGCAUAAAAAAUAAAUGGUACGAAUUGCUCAAUUUGUCGUAUGUAUGUUUUUAAAGAGUUUACCAGUCGCUGUGAAGACCGUAACAAUCACUGCCCAAGCUAUGCACAGAGAGGAGACUGCCAAAGACUUCCAGACUACAUGAUGCAAACCUGCAAAAAGUCUUGCCAGUUCUGUGGAAAGGGUUGGUGGCUUUAAUUGAGUCUUUAAUCAAUCCUGCAAAACAGAAAGAGCUGCAAUAGAUCUCUCUGAAAAGGGAAAUGCUUUUCUUUAACUUGACAAUGUGCUGAAUUUGCAAAGUGUUGGAAGGGGUAUUGUGCUACGAUCCAACGAAGCUGAAAGCUUAGAAAACAGGCAGUACCUAAACACAAUGUCAUUUUUAAGCACUUUAUUUCUGGUGAGAGACAGAGCGAUUUCAAAUUUGACAGAAUUCACUGACCAGAUGUUGCCAACUCUCUUUUGUUUAAGAGGACAAUAUUCUAGGCACAUGGAGAUUUAUUAUGUGACAGUUCAUUGUUUUAGUGUGGAUUGUACCAAGGACUUAUUAGGUGGUAUAAGAAGAGACAACUAUAUAUAUGUAGAUAUUGCAGGCGCUUUUCUUCAUUAAAGGGAAAAGAAAGGUUCUACUCUAACUGAGAGGCUUGGGGCACUAUGGAAUUACCCUGAAUACAGUCAAAUCUCUUAUUGAACACCUCUGUAGCAACUAGGACGGACACCUUGCUAAAAUGGUCACCAAGAGUUGGUCCCUGCCUUUCUUUUCUUUGUUUAGUUGACUCUAUAAGUCGGACAUUUCGUUAAGUUGGAUGCAUAGUGUCGGUCCCAAAGGUGUUCAUUGUAGAGAGAGUUGACUUCGUUAAAGGUGGAAUGGCUGAUUAUAAUGCCAACAUGAGAUGAAUAGCCAUUCUGAGACCAGUGCAUUAAGACGGCCCUCGAGAAACACUGAUGUCUGUUAUGAAAGCGGUGCAGUUAAUACCAUCAUUUAAACUACUUUGAAUGCAAAGAUUAAUUCUACUCUAUCUGUAUUUAUUUCUCGUUUUAGAAUCAAAGUACGUGGAUAAGCACACGGUGUGCCCAAUCUGGGGAAGGGAAGGUUACUGCCAAACAGACGAAGACAUAAGACGAGCAUGUCCCCACAGCUGCGAGAAGUACAAAGGCGUGCAACCAGCUCCUCAAUCGUACCCCUAUCCUAUCACGGCCCUUCACCCAUAUCAGUACCAGCAGGGACAAUACCCUAUACCAGUUCCUAACCCAUAUCCAAACCCUUAUCCCGCUCCAUACCCGUAUCCAGCUCCCUACCCCUACCCCUACCCUUACCCAUCACAUUACCCCUCACAGUACCCCUACCCUACCCCCAGCCCCUACCCAACACCACCAGAACCUACACCGGCUCCAUAUCCAACACCACCCACACCUGUACCGGCUCCAUAUCCAACACCACCCACACCUGUACCGGCUCCAUACCCAACACCCCCGGCACCUGGACCUGCUCCAUAUCCGACUCCUCCAACACCUCCACCAGCUCCACCACCUCCUCCACCACCACCGUAUCCAGUUUCUCCGCCUCCAUACCCCGCAGCCCCACCACCUCCUCCACCUCCUUACCCCGCAGCCCCACCACCUCCACCACCUACAUAUCCGGCAUCCCCGGCACCUCCACCACCUACAUAUCCGGCAGCCCCGGUACCUCCACCGCCUACAUAUCCAGCAGCCCCGGCACCUCCAGGAGGGAUAGCACCUGCACCUACAUACGACAAAAGUGAAAGAGAACGGAAGCAACACAGAAAACAUUUCAAGCAUAAGAAAUACCACUCUACAGAACACAAGAAUAAGAAACACGACUGA